AUGUUGGAAAGUCUGGUCGCCAAUCUCCUCAAUCGAUUCUUGGGCAUGUACGUCAAGAACUUCGACCCCAAGCAGCUCAAUGUAGGCAUCUGGUCGGGCGACGUCAAGCUGCGCAACCUUGCACUGAGGAGAGAGGCUCUGGAUCAACUGCACCUGCCAAUUAAUGUGGUAGAAGGCCACCUGGGUGAACUGACCCUGUCCAUACCAUGGUCCAAUCUGAGAGGAAAGCCCGUCAAGGUCAACAUCGAGGAUGUCUUUCUGCUCGCCGCGCCUAAAGAGGAAGAUGACUACGAUGCCGAGGAGGAGGACAAGCGGGCGGUAGCCGUGAAACUGGAAAAGCUGGAGAGUGCCGAGCUUCUCAAGGAGCGCAAUACCGAGGCCAUGAGCCCAGAGGAACAGCAGAAGAGUCAAAGCUUCACGCAGAGCUUUGUCACAGCCAUCGUCGACAACCUGCAAGUCAGCAUCAAAAAUGUCCACAUCCGGUACGAAGACUCCAUUGCGACGCCGGGCCACCCGUUCGCCGUGGGCCUCACCCUGAAGGAAAUGAGCGCCGUCUCUACCGAUGCGGACUGGCAGCCGACCUUUAUCCAGUCCACCUCGGGGACCACUCAUAAAUUGGCCGUUUUGAAUUCGCUGGCUCUCUAUUGGAACAGUGACGCAGACCUGUUCGGCACCGGCAAGGGCGGUGACGUUGGCGCCGAGGCACAGGAAAUCGACAAGGAUGAGCUGAUACGCCGCUUCCGAGCAGGUAUAGAAGACACAGGCCACUCACAGUAUCUGCUCAAACCCGUCAGCGGUCGGGCCGGGAUUGAGCUGGACAAGACGGGUCGCGCAGACAAACCGAAGACGAAGGCGCGACUACUCUUCCAGGAGCUCGGAUUCAUCAUUGAUGAUGAACAAUACCGCGACGCGCUGAUGCUCGUAGACCUUAUGCACUACUUCGUUCGCCAUCACGAGUACAAGAAGGAUGCGCCAAAGGAGAGCCCCAAAGAAAAUCCUCGAGCGUGGCUCAAAUUUGCUGGAAACGCCGUUCUGACCAAGAUUCACGACCGGAACAGGAAGUGGACGUGGGAGUAUUUCAAGGAACGCAGGGACACCCGACGCAAGUAUAUUGAGCUGUUCAAGAAAAAGAAAAAGGAGCAAAAGUUUACCGAGCAAGAAACAAAAGAAAUGGCCCAGCUGGAGCACGAUCUGAGCUAUGAGGAUCUGCGAUUCUGGCGGUCGCUGGCACGUACCCAACUCCGGAAGGAGAAUGUCGGUGUCAAGAAACCCGCCCAAAAGCAGACAUGGUCCUCGUGGAUCUGGGGCUCCAAGCCUGAACAGGCCCCGGAGAAUGACGAGGAUGCAGGCAUGACUGAAGAACAGCGCAAGGAGCUCUACAACGCUAUUGACUGGGACGAGAAGAAAGCGAUCGCCGAGAGCGUCGAUCUGCCCCGAGAGAGUGUCAAACUUGAAGUAGAAUCGAGUCUCAGGACUGGCAGCUUCACCUUGAAACGCGAUCCUCACGGUCAAGAGACCGAGGUUCUCAAACUGGUCUUCGACAACUUUAGGGCAAAGGCACUUCAAAGACCCGACUCUUUCCUGGCUGAUCUAGCACUGGGGGGCUUUCGUGUCUACGAUGGUACGACGGAAGGCACCUUGUUCCCACAAAUUGUCAAGGUCAAAGGGGUAGAAAAUCAGCCCAAGGAUGAAGUACAACAAAAUGACACGGAAAGUUUCGACGAUGAAGCAGAGGCAGAAAGCGCAAGUGCAGAGAAAGAGGAGCAGGCGGAAGACAGCUUGUUCCACCUUGUCUUCGAAAACAAUCCUCUUGAUGGAAGCGCCGACACCAAAGUCGAUUUGAAGCUCAAGAGUCUCGAGUUCAUCCACAAUCCCAAGUUCGUGGUCGAGAUUGUCAAAUUUUUCAAGCCCCCGGAACGACAGAUGGAAUCCAUUGGCGCUCUGCUCGAGACUGCAGGUGCCACAGUGGAAGAGAUUCGUCAACAGACGCGUGCAGGCCUUGAGUUCGCAUUGGAAGAGCACAAGACCAUCAAUGCAAAUCUGGACAUCCAUGCCCCUAUCCUCAUUAUCCCUGAAAGCAUUACGGAGAAGAGCACACUCUGCAUGAUUCUCGAUGCAGGUCAUGUCAGCCUCAACAGCGAACUCGUCGACAAGGAGACAAUGCGGGAUAUUCAUGCCAAACAAAAGCAGAAAUACACCGAAGAAGAUUACAGACAGCUUGAGGGCUUGAUGUAUGACAAAUUUCACCUGAAACUCGAAUCAACACAGGUUCUAAUUGGACCCGGCAUUGAAGAGACGAGAGCGCAGCUGGAAGCAGAAGACGACUCGCAUAACAUGCACAUCAUCGACCGCAUAAACAUGGCCUUCCUCCUGGAGAACUCAAUCAUACCGAAAGCUCCCGACAUAACAAAGGUCCGCAUCUCCGGAACGAUGCCUGUUCUCCACGCCUCCCUAUCAGACAAGAAAUAUAAGAAUCUUAUGAGGCUAAUAGAGGUUGCUGUUCCGAAAUUUGACACGCCAGAGACCGAGGCAAAUGGCAGCAUCGUUGAGUCGCGGCCGCAGAAAUCUGUCGAAGACCAGGCAUCGAAGAGGAAAUCUGUACAACUGCUCGAAGCUAAGGAUAUACCAAUUAUCGAACACGACUCAGAUUCAGAAGACGCUUCUCCCGACAGGCGCCAGCGGACCAAGCCCGAAACACCCGCAAAUAUACACCAGCGCAACUUUGAAAUCAACUUCACGGUCGAAAAACUGCAGGCAUCGUUGUACAAAGCCGAUCCGGAUGGCAAGAAGCCAGACCGGCUGUUGGUCGAACUGGUGGCGGAGCGUUUCUAUUUCGAUUUCUAUCUUCGCCCCUACGAUAUGGUGGCCGAAGUGCUGCUGCGUUCCCUAAGUGUCGACGACCACAUUGAAGAGGAACCACUGCCCGAAUUCAAGCAGAUCAUCUCCUCCAAGGGCUUUAACGCAGAAGAAGGAAAAGAUUUGCUCAACGUCAAAUUUGUCAAGGUCAAUCCUGACUCGCCUGAAUUCCAAUCUACCUACGAGGGCAUUGCUACCAACCUUGAUGUUGCCGUGUCUACCAUCAAUGUGAUUGUCACAAGAAGGACGCUGCUCACUUUGCUGGAUUUUGUUCUUACCACGUUCACGAGUCCCGGGGAUCAGCAACCGAUACAAAAAGAGACAGACGAACCGGGAGAGAGAGUCGGUGACCCUCAACCAGCAAAGGCCCAGGCAGACAAGAUUAGAAUCAAAGCCCAGUUGAGCAGCAUUGCGCUGAUUCUAAACAAUGAUGGCGUGCGGCUUGCGACACUCUCCCUGAACUCUGGUGACGUUGGAGUCUUCCUGGACGCCGGCACAAUGCAGGUCAAGGCAAGAUUAGGGAGUCUCUCGCUGGUCGACGAUAUCAACGAGGGUGCACCCGAGAAUUCACCAUUGCGUCGGUUAAUUGCCAUUGAAGGAGAUGAUCUAGCAGAUUUCAAGUAUCAGACCUUCGACUCUUCCCGCAAGGACUAUCCAGGAUAUGAUUCGGGAAUCUACCUUCGGUCAGGAUCCAUUAAAGUCAACUUCCUAGAGGAGCCAUUCCGCAAGAUCAUGGAGUUCGGGGUCAAAUUUGGGAAGAUGCAAGCCAUCUUCAACGCAGCCAGACAGGCGGCAGCCAACCAAGCUACACAGGUUCAAGAAAGUGCGCAGAAGAUGCACAUCGAUAUCGUCAUCAAGACACCAAUCGUCGUUUUCCCUCGAGCCAUGGUCGAAGACCGACCUCGUGAUCUCAUCACUGCGUACCUUGGCGAGAUAUAUGCGAACAACAAAUUUGUCGGUGUCCAAGGUCAAAAGAGCGGUCCUCUCGUCAAUAAGUUGGCGGCUGGCAUCAGACACAUUCGGUUAACCAGCGAGUUCCACCACAGCGAUGGCAAGUCCCAGGAGCUGGAAAUGAUUGACAAGGUCGAUCUUGACUUCAAAAUUCGAUAUCUUGAGCACCAGGUGGGGAUUGAAAGACCAGAUCUUGAAAUCGAUGGAUCUAUGUCGCCGAUGAAUCUGAGGGUUUCCCACACUCAAUUCAAAUUCCUGAUGGAACUGUCAAAAACCAUUCCAGCAGCUUUUGCGACAGAAGACGAAAGCGAAGAGGACAUUGCCGAGGAGUUGCCAUCAUCCACGACAGAAAGCGCAAAGGCCGCUGAGCCCGAGACUACCACGUCCGAAUCGCUUGCUAAGCCCUCAUACCAGGGCCCCGAGCUUGGAAAUGGUGAAGAAACAUGGACCAAACUGAACCUUGUAUUCAAAGCACCAAUGAUCGCUCUGGAACUGAUCCUCGCCGACGAAGACGAACCCAUUGAGAACCUCGAGGCAGCUAGCCUCUCGAAAUUCUCCAUAAACGAGACGAACGUCAAGCUUAGGAUGAUCAGCGACGGCGCUAUGGAGGCUGAGCUUGUGAUACACUCUUUCACCGUCCGCGACAGCCGAACAAGAGAAACCAACAAAUUCCGGAAGAUAAUGUCUCUGAUCAACAACGAUGUGCAGCAACAGUUCAUGGCGAGUCUGUCGAUUACUGGUGGGCAAGAACGCCACAUGAUUGUCAUGCUUACGAUUGACAGCCCCCGGGUUAUUGUCGCUUUGGAUUACAUUUUUGCACUUCAGGCUUUCGCAAAUACGGCGUUACAGUCCGACGGGCCGUUACCUAUUGCAGAAGUGGACGAUUUGACUGAAAGCAGCGAUGCAAGCCUCGAUGGUGAACAAGGCCAGAGAGAAACUGGGGCUCAGGAAGCCGAAUCAGCCGGUCAACCAUCUAUGACUGUAUCAUUUCGACUCAACGUCGUGGAUGCGCAAGUCAUUCUCAUCGCAAAUCCCACCAUAUCUAACACCGAGGCCAUUGUACUCGGUACCAAAGAAGUCCUCGUAUCCAAACAAAACGCGAUGACGCUGCAGGUCAGCAAAGUCGGUAUGUUUUUGUGCCGCAUGGAUCGCUUCGAGACGAGCCGUCUUCGAAUUCUCGACGAUUUCAGCGUACAAAUGUCCAUGGAGAGCCGGAGUCAAGGCAAAGACUCGUCUUUAACGUCGAUUCACGUUGAUGUAGAGCCUCUGGUUCUCCGUCUGUCACUUCGUGACAUCUUGCUGGCGAUGCAGAUUGUCAGCAAGGCUUCGUCCACAACCCCACAACCGAAAAUUCAAGAAGACACGGAGCCAAAGAAGCUCAAAGACGUGAAAGCAUCCUCCAAGGCCCCUUCUACGAAGCGCAAGUCGAUAGCCGGGCAGUCCACAGCAGCACAGAGAUCGAAAAGAUCCAAGUCAGUCUCGAAAUCGACCAAAUCUGGAUUGCAACAACAGCCUACAAGGUCGGUGGUCCUGAGCCGGGAAGAGAUGACUGCGCAAAUCGAAGGAAUUCGGGUUAUAUUGAUUGGAGACAUGCACGAACUUCCCUUGCUGGACUGGAGCGUGAAGAAAUUUAAUGUCGAUGUCCGCGACUGGUCCAGUUCUUUGACAGCCGAUACCAAGAUCAAUACUUUCAUCAACGUAUACAAUUUCUCAAAGUCCGCGUGGGAGCCCCUGAUCGAGCCUUGGAACCUAGGAUUUCACAUGGCCAAACAACUCCAUCCCGAGGUGCUGUCCAUGGAGCUGUAUUCACACAAGAAUAUGGAAUUGACCAUCACGUCCGCCACAAUUGCACUUGCUUCUAAAUCUUUCAACUUUCUCUCUACGGACGAAGACAUCCUGUCAAAGCCGCGCGUGGCAGAUGCGCCGUAUCGAAUCCGCAAUUACACUGGAUUCGACCUCAGCAUCUGGGCAGAUGAGAAGAGCGAAAGUGCGGCUGCAGCCAAACUCACCGACGGCGAAGAAUAUGCCUGGCGAUUCGAAGACGCAACAUCCAUGCGUGAGAGUCUUUCGCCGGAAGGUAAUGCCGGCCUGGUGGGUGUCAAGCUUGAGGGCAGUGGAUUUGAUAGCGUCGUCCGGAUUCCAGUCAUCCGCGAAGGAGAAACCCUGUACAACCUCAAGCCGAGGAAGGAUGGUGUUCAACACCGGAUGCUUGUCGAGGUGCGACUGGGGGCUGACAACGUCAAAUACAUUACUUUCCGCUCACCCCUCCUCGUCGAAAACAAAACUCAGAUACCCAUCGAGAUGGGCGUGUACAGUCCAGAGGAGGGACAUCUCCUCAAGAUAGAGAAGAUUCCUCCUGGUGAAGGCAAACCUGCUCCCGUGGGAGCAGCAUUUGUCCAUUCACUGGUCUUACGCCCUGACCAGGGAUUUGGAUACGGCUGGUCGAAUGAACGGCUGUUCUGGAAAGACCUACUCAGAAGACAAACGAGGGCCCUCACUUGCGAGUCAGAAGGCAGAGACGAGUCACCACCUUUCUUUUUCCAGAUGCACGCAUCAUACGAUGACAAAGAUCCCAUCACAAAGGUCUAUCCGCACAUGAGGAUCCAAGUCUCGGCACCCGUCGAAAUCCAGAAUUUGCUACCGUACGACUUCAAAUAUCGCAUCUAUGAUAAGAACACGAAAAAGGAUUGGACAAACUUCCUCCGCAAGGGUGGCGUGAGCCCGGUACAUGUCGUGGAGCUAUCUCACCUUCUACUACUGAGUGUUGAAGUGGAGGACGCCCCCUUCAAACAAAGCGACUUUGCGAUCAUUAACAGCGACACGCAGGAAGGAUUCCGCCGGGAGAAAGUACUGCAGCUGAAGGAUGAGAAAGGUGCCCAGUUGAGGCUAAAGCUUCACUAUACCAACAUCAAAGACAGCGGAGGAGCCUUCAGAGUGUCGGUGUACAGUCCCUACGUUCUUCUGAACAAAACUGGGCUUGACAUGAGCGUUCAGAGCAAGGCUUUUUUCGGGUCUUCCUCCAAAGCUUCAUCGCCCCAGGGCGCACGGACAAGUUCUGGAGAAGGAACAGCUCUGCCAAUGCUGUAUUCCUACGCUACCGAUGAUCGCAAGAACCGUUCUCUCCUCAAGAUUGGCGAUUCUGUAUGGAGCAAGCCACAAAGUUUCGACGCGAUUGGGAGUUCGUACGAGGUCGCUUUGCCCUCCGCCACCGGCAAGUCUGAGAUGCACGUUGGGGUAUCUGUGGCAGAAGGGGAAGGCAAAUACAGCUUGACGAAAGUUGUUACCAUUGCACCACGCUUUGUGCUCAAAAACAAGAUCGGAGAGGAUAUCGAACUCCGGGAACCUGGUUCGUCAGAAAUUUGGAAGAUGAAGAACAAUGAUCUCUUGCCCAUGUACUUUAUGCGACAAUCGUCCGAAAAGCAGCUUUGCCUGUGCUUCCCAGGAGUCAACAACCAAUGGUCGUCCCCAUUCAACAUGGCGAAUGUCGGCAUGACCCAUGUCAAACUCGCCAAACACGGCCAAAGACAAAGACUCGUCCGCGUCGAAAUCAUUCUCGAGGACGCUACCUUGUUCUUACACUUCAGCAUCGAGACGAAACACUGGCCAUUCUCGAUGAGAAAUGAGAGCGACACCGAGUUCUUGUUUUUCCAGGCCAAUCCCAAUCUCGGUGAGGAUGAAGAAGAAGACAAAGGAAGCGGCUGGAAGCCUAUCCGGUACAGGCUCCCUCCACGAAGUAUCAUGCCUUAUGCCUGGGACUAUCCUGCUUCGAAGAACAAAGAGCUCGUCCUCACCGCCAGAGGAAGGGAGAGGUACGUUAAGUUGGCAGAAAUAGGCAACUUGUUCCCAAUCAAGCUGCCACCGGACGACCGUGGUGGCGCGAUGAAAGUGAUCGACAUCAAUAUUGUCGCCGAUGGACCAACGCAGACGCUGGUAUUGUCCAAUUACAAACCGUCCCGGUCGAUGUAUCGACAGAAGACGGGCAUGACAACCGCGUCACAGACCAGCCUCAACCAAGGAUUUGAAGUCAAGCAGAUCGAAUCUGAGGUCAAUUUCAAGGCCGAGCUGCGACUGGCCGGCAUCGGAAUCUCCCUCGUCAACAGCAACCUGAAGGAACUCAUGUAUGUCACUUUCCGGGAGAUGGACCUCAAGUAUGGGGAUUCCAAGCUCUACCAAACAUUAAACUUCACCGUCAAAUGGAUACAGAUCGACAACCAACUGUACGGUGGGAUCUUCCCGAUCUUGCUGUACCCGAGCGUGGUGCCCAAAACUGGCAAGGAAAUGGAGGCGCAUCCCAUUUUCCACACGAUGGUCACGAGGGUCAAGGACGAUUCAUACGGUGUACUUUAUAUCAAAUAUGCCACGCUGCUCCUGCAGCAAAUCACGGUUGAGCUUGACGAAGACUUCAUCUUCGCCUUGCUCGAUUUUGUGAAAGUGCCCGGGGCGUCGUGGUCGGAAGAAAAGGAAGGAAAAUUGUGCGACGAGAGUCUCGAUGUCCCCGAGCCCACGCGAGAAGAACAGGGCCAAGACGUCUAUUUUGAGCUGCUGCACCUGCAACCCAUCCAGCUUGAUCUCUCUUUCGUCAGAACGGAACGUGUCAACGCCGAGGACACUUUCGUCAAUAGUCCGCUGAUGUUUAUCGUCAAUGUCAUGACCAUGUCAAUAGGCAAUGUCAAUGACGCUCCCAUCCGGCUCAACGCGCUGAUGCUUGAAAACGCGAGGAUAUCCGUUCCAGCCCUGAUCGCCAACAUUCAAAACCACUACACCCAGGAAGUGCUCCGGCAAGUGCACAUCAUUCUCGGAUCUGCCGACUUCCUUGGCAACCCUGUUGGAUUGUUCAACAACAUCAGCUCUGGGUUUGCCGACAUCUUCUACGAGCCGUACCAGGGCCUCGUGAUGACCGACAGGCCCCAGGAGCUCGGAAUCGGCAUCGCCAAAGGAGCCAGCAGUUUUGUCAAGAAAUCCGUCUUUGGCUUCAGUGACAGUAUGGCCAAGUUCAGCGGUUCCAUUUCCAAAGGUCUUGCCGCUGCCACGAUGGACAAGGAGUUCCAAGAUCAGAGACGAAUGUCAAAGAGUCGGAAUCGACCUAAACAUGCCUUGUACGGCGUCACUGCCGGGGGAAAUGCCUUUGCCGCAAGUAUGGCCAGCGGUAUCGGAGGCCUAGCACGCCAUCCUCUAGAAGGUGCCGAGAAGGAAGGAGCUUUGGGCUUUGUCAAAGGGGUCGGAAAGGGCUUCCUGGGUUUGGCCACCAAGCCUGCCAUCGGCGCCUUCGACCUCGCCUCGAACGUGGCCGAAGGAGUCCGCAACACGACGACGGUCUUCGACUCGGAGGGCCUGGACCGUGUUCGCCUGACUCGCUUUAUCGGUAUGGACGGUAUUGUGCGGCCAUAUUCGCAACGCGAAGCCCUAGGGCAGUUCUGGCUCAAGACCUGCGACGACGGGCGGUACUUCAACGAAGAAUACAUUGCGCACUUGGAGCUUGAGGGCGGCGACAUGAUGGUGAUGAUCACCUAUGACCGCAUCUUGAUGAUACGGACCAAGAAGCUGCGCAUGGAAUGGGACAUCAAACUGACGGACGUGCAAACCAUCAGCAAGGAGAGGACGGGGAUGAGCAUUGGUUUGAAAGGAGGGGCAAACGGACCUUUCAUUCCGGUGGCGGACGAGGGCAGCAGGAACUGGCUGUACAAACAGAUUGCUAUUGCUGUGAACGCAUUUAACGACAAGUAUAACGCAAAAGGAUGA